AUGUACGGUCUGAAGGUGCUUCUUCCGGUUGCGCUGCUGGUGGCGCUUCUGGCAGGCGGUACGGAAGCUUCCCGUAUCCUUGGAAUUCUUCCUUCGGUCGGUCGCUCACAUUAUAUUAUCGGUGCCGGUCUAAUGAAGGCCCUGCUCGACGCGGGCCAUGAAGUGACCAUCGUCAGUCCGUACCCGAUGAAGGGUGCUCCGCCCGAUCGGCAUCGGGACAUUCUGAUGCCGGAAUUCACCGAAGCACACGGUGUGUCCGGGCCGGAUCUUUUCGAGUACAAAAAUGCACCCAACCUAGUGGUUCUCUACCUGGUGUACAACGAGUUUGGGCCGAUGUCCUCCGAGGGUCUCCUGCAGCACCCGAACGUGGUACAGUUGAUGGAAUCGGGCGAAAAGUUUGACGCCGUUAUCGUGGAGUCGUUUGCCAGUGAGGUCCUGUACGGAUUGGCGGAGCACUUCGGGGGGCAGCUAAUCGUCUUUUCACCGUUCGGGGCUUCCAUGUGGACGAACGAGCUGGUUGGCACACCGUACCCGUACUCCUACAUUCCCCACACCUUCCUCAGCUACACGAACGAGAUGUCCUUCUGGCAACGGUUCUCCAACGCGCUCGUGGCGCACUUGGAUAAGUUCUACUAUCGCAACGUGUUCCUACCGAAACAGGAGCAGCUGUACCGGCGCUACUUCCCUGAGGCGAAGCUAACCUUCCAGGAGACACUCGAUAGUGUUCGGUUGGCGUUCGUGAAUCAACAUUUUACGCUCAGCUACCCUCAUCCUUACGCACCGAACCACAUCGAAAUCGGAGGUAUCCAGAUCCAACCGCCGAAAGAGUUGCCCGAAGAUCUCCACAAGUACAUCGAGUCGUCGCCGCACGGUGUGAUCUACUUCUCGAUGGGUUCGAUGCUGAAGGGACGCAACUUCCCCGAGGAAAAGCGGGCCGCAUUCGUGAACGUGUUCCGCGGGCUGAAGGAGAACGUGAUCUGGAAGUACGAGAACGAGAGCCUCCCGAACCGGCCAAAGAACGUACUCAUCCGAUCGUGGAUGCCACAGAGCGACAUAUUGGCCCAUCCGAAGGUGAAACUGUUCAUCACGCACGGUGGCCUUCUCGGGACGACCGAGGGUCUCUACAACGGGGUACCGAUGGUCGGCAUACCGAUCUACGGCGAUCAGGAGCUUAAUCUGGCCCGCGCCGAAAAGGCUGGCUACGGCGUGAAGCUUGACUACGAGACACUCAGCGAAGAAACGAUCUCUGCCGCCAUCGGCCGGGUCCUUUCCGAUCCGUCCUACGCUAAGAACGCGCAAACCAUCUCUCGACGUUACCGUGAUCAACCGCUCGGACCGGCCAAAACGGCUGUUUACUGGGUGGAGUAUGUCAUCCGGCAUGGAGGCGCACCGCAGCUUCAAUCCCCGUCCGUAAAACUCUCUUUCAUCGAGUACAAUCUGCUCGAUGUGUAUGCGGUGAUGGCACUGAUCGCGCUAUCAGCGCUAAUUGGAUCGUUCGCACUGGUUAAGGUGACCCUGAAACGGCUCGGACUUGUCAAAGGAGCCAAAUCGGCCGCCGGAAGGGGUGGUGGUGCACAGGAGCGGAAGAAAACAAAAUAA